UUCACAGUUACAGCCACAGCUUAGAAGCAGUCUACCGGGAGUAAACAAGGCUCUGCUUUUUAAGGUCAGCUCGGGAAGGUUUCCUGGUGUCCCUGUGACUCAGGGCUGGAAGGGUCAUCCCGAGACACACCCCCCUGGUGAUGUGUUCUUGGUACAGUCCAAAGAGUUUCAGGUUGAGGAGCUGAGGGGAUCUUUGUUUACAGGAGUCAUUCUGGAGUUUGAUGUGCCUCAGAGCAGGGACAGACCUCAGCCAGAUAACUCAAAGAAGGGCAGAUACAUCCCUAACCCGUGGCAGAAAGGAGGAGGAGAGGAACUGACACACAGGAGCAAUCUGAACAAAACAGAAAGAUAUGUCUUCAUCAGUGCAACUCUUCAGAGAUCAGAAGUACCACGAGCUGAAAGGGCAGUGUAUCCAGCAGAGACAGCUCUUCGAAGAUCCUGAGUUUCCAGCCUCAGAUGAGUCCCUUUUCUAUCAAUCAGCGCCACCAAGGAAAGUUGAAUGGAAGCGCCCAAAGGACCUCUGUGAAGACCCCCACCUAUUUGUGAAUGGAAUCAGCUCCCAUGACUUACACCAAGGCAUACUGGGCAACUGCUGGUUUGUGGCUGCAUGCUCCUGCUUGGCUCUGAGGAAGACCCUCUGGCAGCAGGUGAUUCCAGACUUUGAUGAACAAGAAUGGGACCCUAAAAAACCAGAGAAAUACGCUGGGAUUUUCCGUUUCCGUUUCUGGUGCUUUGGAGAAUGGACAGAAGUGGUUGUUGAUGAUCUGCUGCCAACAAUGGACGGGAAGUUGAUCUACUGCCAUUCCAAUGUGAAAAAUGAAUUCUGGAGUGCAUUAUUGGAGAAAGCUUAUGCAAAGCUGGCUGGAUCUUAUGAGGCCCUAGAUGGAGGCAGUGCUGCAGAUGCAAUUGUGGAUUUCACUGGAGCAGUGGCAGAAUCUGUUGAUUUGGUACAGGGCAAAUAUGGUGAGAUUAUUUCUGAGCAGAUGAAACUGUUUGAAGACUUGCUGAAGGUGCAUAAAAGAGGCGGGUUGAUCAGCUGUUACAUUGCGGCUUCCUCUGGCAGUACCAAUGAAGCGGAGACAGAGAUGGGUCUUGUCGUUGGCCAUGCCUAUGCAGUGACUGCAAUUCGGAAGCUGCGUCUUGGAGAAAGGCUCCUAUUCUCUUUUAAGUCGGAAAAGCUGUUCAUGAUCAGGCUGAGGAAUCCCUGGGGAAAAAGAGAGUGGAACGGCCCCUGGAGUGACACUUCUGAGGAGUGGAAGAAAGUCAGCGAUUCAGAACGUAAGAGCUUGGGACUCACUCUUGAGAAUGAUGGAGAGUUCUGGAUGACGUUUGAGGACUGGUGUAAGAAUUUCACUGAUGUGGACAUCUGCCGGAUUGUAAAUACCUCCUACUUCAGUAUCCACAAGACCUGGGAGAAGAAAAUGAUGCAUGGAGCUUGGGCAAAGAACUCAGAGCCCCUGCUAAAUCGCUCUGGUGGAUGCUUUGAUAACAAAGAGACCUUCCUGCAGAAUCCCCAGUACGUCUUUGACAUUAAGAAGACUGAGGACAAAGUGUUGGUCUCAUUGCAACAGGAGGAUCGCCGCAAAUACAAGAAAGAAGGGAAAGGAGACAGCAUCCCAAUUGGCUUUGAAAUAUUCAAGGUGGAGGAUAACAGACGCUAUAGACUACACAAGCUGACUGUGCAGGAGAGAGUGGCUACAUCUCUGUACAUCAACACACGCACUGUGUUCUUGAGGAGGAUCCUUAAGCAGGGCCGUUACGUCCUUAUCCCAACUACAUACCAUCCUGGCAUCAUCACAAAAUUUAUCCUGAGACUCUUCACAGAUGUGCCGUCAAAACUCAGGGAGCUGAAGGCAGAUAAGCCUAAAAUGACAUGCUGGAGUCUUCUUUGUGGCUAUCCACGCAGAGUCACCCAAAUCAAAAUUCACUCUGCAGAGGGUUUACAGAAGCAAGACAGAUCAGGCGGAGCAGAUCCCUAUGUGCUUAUCAAGUGUGAGAGGCAGAACAUGCGCUCCUCUGUGCAACACGAUACGACCAGUGCCAUCUUCGACAUGCAAGUGAUUUUCUACAGAAAGAACAUCGACAGUCCUAUCAUUGUCCAGGUCUGGAACAGCAACAUCUUGUGUGACCAGUUCCUCGGACAGGCAGUGCUGGCAGCUUCACACGCUGACCCCAGAGAAGAGCAGACUCUGCAGCUCCGAGGGAGAGGCGGCCGAGAAGCAGCCGAGGUGCCAGGUCACAUCACCGUCAAGGUUUUUUCCAGUGAUGACCUCCUGGAGCUAUGAAUACCAAAGCCCCGCAGAGCCAGACAGAGCUGUCACCUCGCAGCAGGGGGGCUUGUCUGUGCUUUCUGUGUGAAUGACUCGGGAGCAAAGGUUGCACAUAAUCAUAAUCGCUUUAAAAAGAAAAAGCCCUCUAACUCCCCACAUUAUCAUGGAUAAUGGGGAAAGAGGCUUUUAAAGAGGGAAAUAAUACAUAUUUAUACAUAUAUACAUUCAUGAUACAGCAAAUACAGUAGAAGAGAGGCCAAAUGAAACGUUAGCAGAUAAGCUGUUGAAGAUGUAACCAUCUUCCCCAGCAGCAUCUUUUAGGAGCUCUUGGCACGUAAGCGGGCAGCACACGUGACUGCUCUCACAGGUUCUCAGCACGUCAUCUGUUCUCAGCAGUGGGACUGGAUGCAGCAGGAACGGCUCCACCGCCACGGUCACGUACCAGCAGGCUGGGGGAUGCCAAGCACAAGGUGGAUUCGCAGGACUCAGUCCUUGUUCACUGCCAGGCUGUAUUUGGGAGGGGGAUUUUUUUAAGCUUUGAUUGGAAGUUUUUGUCCCCAUAUAGGCAUAUAUAAUUCUUGAUGAAUUUCGUUGUUAUUGCUACAGAUCAGAUAUUUCUGUUCCUUGGUGAAAAUGUCAUUACUCAAGGAGUUCAGUCAUAGAUAAUAGCCUUAAGACCAGGUGCACCAGGGCAACAUUGAAAUAGAAGGGCAGGUCUUCCAGUGUUUGUUUGAACACCAGAGCAAAUAAGAGCUUUGCCUACAUAAGGACUCUCAGAUUGAUUUUCUUAUUCUUCUAUUCUCCACCUCAAGCUGACGGCUCACGGGUUGGUAUCUCUGGUCAAGAGAAGGGCACCUCACAAUUCAGCUGUGGUUUUGCUUGGAGGAAAAUUCAUUAAUGGGAACCUCCUUGCUAAGGAGGCUUUGUUUAAUCCAUGUGAUGCUAAAAAUGGAGUAACAGUUGUUUUCGUUCAUUAGCUGUGAUGGGUAGUGCCAGACUGAAAGAGGACAAAAUUAGCUCAUGACAAGGAUGGGUUUGUAAAACAAAGAUGCUGUGCAGAUUUCACUCUUGAAAUUUUGUAUUGGUUUAUUGCUGACAGAACUGAUACCUUUAGUGAAAUUUAAUGUGGGCAUAAUGGGGGACUGGUAUCGUUUCACAUUUCUGUUCAAGGCCGGGUUCCAGUACAAACUUUCUUCUAACUUUUGCCUAUAGCACGGUGCAGGGUUUCCUCACCGCGGACACUUCUGUGUUGUCAAGCUGUGCAGUGGCUCUGGUGUUAAGAGGCUCACUGUGUUACACCUCUGGGAAAUGGAUUUUAUAUGGUUGCAAAUUCUGGUCUUGAAAGUGAAGGUAAAGGAGCCUUUUGUACAGCCAGGAAAUUUGGAUUUCUGUGUGCCUUGUAACCACUUCAGCCAUUUUGUGCAAUUUUUAUAAUUUAUGAAAUGGCCCUCAGUAGAGUUAAUGUUUUCACAAAAGGUUUUUAAAUCUCCUCAGGGCUCCAAAAGGAUCAUUGCUGUGGUAGGAAAUGCUUUCUCUUGACAUGCUGGAGAUGGAGUGUGAGGCUAUGAAUGAUAUUACACUGCCAUCAGCUUCGUUGCACGUACCAAGUACCUAAACACUGCUCUCUUUUUAAAUAGCUUGGGCUCAAGCCAUUUUGCACUAGAGCAUUUUUCAGAUGUGAGCUGCAGGCAGCUGACAGCCCCACAGGCAAGUGUCAUUCUUCUCUGCAAACUCAUAGCUUCAGAGUUGCUUACUCUCAGAUAUGUUUGUAAACUGUGGGGUUUUUUUUUAGAAAAGCAUGAACUUUCUGAUACAGACCAGAGCUCGGGCCGGGCACACGGGGAGCUGCAGCUCGGUCUGGGCUGCCCUGGCCCUGUGCUGGGACCUGUUUGCCACACUUUUCCUCACACCCUGCUUUAUGCCGUGGUGGCUGCUUCUCAGCAGCGUGGCUGGAGGGGUGACCGCAGCCCCUUGGUCACCUUCUCCAUACGGGUGGAGAACACCCUCCUGGUGUUCCAGCAUGGCUGGAGCAAUUCGUGGGGCAGCAGGGCGUGCAGGAGAGCACACUGAGGCAGAGCAGAGCAGGUCGUGUCACAUAACCCCUGUUUCAGAAAGACUUUUCUCCACGGGCUGUUCCAUAUGAGAUGGGUGCAGUAAGUAUUUUUUAACACUAAAUGAUAACUUGUGGGAAAAUGAAGGUUUUUUUAUGAGGGACUGCAUAUAUGUACACGCAUGGGCCACCUUCAACAGAGAGUUUUGGCCCCCAAAAUUAAAACAGAGGGAAAUAUUGGAAAAUGUUUCAUUUCAACCUUUCUUUACUUUUCAAUAUGAAGUGAUCAUAAUAAAAGAUUAACAAAAAAAUAGAUGUGUUCAGUAAUUUCUGAAAUGAAACAGUUGGUUUCCGAUACAAGAAAUCAUUGUGGGGUGACCCCAAAUGACAUUUUUCAGCUCACUCGAGAAGAAAAAUGUAUCUCAACUAAAUCUUCACCGUUUCUAAUUCUUGCCCUAGGGUGGCUGCAGGGUAGACAGACAGCCUGAGUCCCGCAGCAUCAGGCUGGGGUACAGAGGAUGUCCCAGAGGCCAGAGGAGACCAAGAAGAUGAUCCAAGGGCUGGAGCACCUCUGCUAUGGAGACAGGGUGAGAGA